UGUGACUCAAGGGCCUCCAAUGAACUUUCUCACUGCCGUGACAGCGCGGGGCGAGGCAAAUGUUUAUAUAGCGGCAGGAGGCGUGUGCAUGGACACAGUGCGUGAGGCUGCGGUGAAGAGGAAGGAAGCACAAAUGGAAGACCUGAGUAUCCAAAAUGUGGAUCUGGAAGAAUCUGAAAACCUGGAGAGGCACCGGACGCAGGGCUUCGGCAGCUCCGGAGCCCUGGUGGUGCGAAGAGGCGCCCCCUUCAAAGUCAGCGUGCAGCUGAGGGGCCGAGCCUUCAACCCCAGGACCGACUCCAUGGGCAUCAAAGUGAUGCUAGGCCGUCUCUUCGUGACAAUGCCAGUCACCUACAGCCGGCAGAGGGGCUCCUCCUCUGGCUGGACGGCCCACGUGGACCCAGACGGGCUGAGGCUCCACAAGCCCUCCGUCUCCAUCUGCCCCCCGGCCUCCGCCUCGGUGGGCUGCUACAGGUUUCAGCUGUGCGUGUUCACCACCAGCGGCCAGGAGAAGUGCACCUCCGGCAAGUUCAUCCUGCUCUGCAAUCCCUGGUGUCAAGAGGAUGCUGUGUAUAUUCCCUUCGAGGACCAGAGAGAGGAAUACGUCCACAACGACGCGGGGUUGCUGUUUAUGGGGACACCUAUGAACCUUGUGUCAAGACCGUGGUCCUUUGAUCUGUACGAGCCUGGAGUUUUGGAGGCUUGUCUGAAUAUGCUCCAAAUCAGCCCUCAGCAUCAAACCAAGUCGCGUCUGGACUACCUGAACCGGAGCAGCCCCGUCUACAUCAGCCGCGUGGUGUCGGCCAUGAUCAACAGUGAAGAUGACCGCGGCGUCCUGAAGGGGAACUGGUCAGACGAUUUCAAACAAGGGGUCCAUCCGUCCAUGUGGAGCGGCAGCGGGGACAUCCUGAGGCAGUGGGCCCAGACUGGUUACAGCCCAGUCAAGUAUGGCCAGUGCUGGGUGUUUGCAGCUGUCAUGUGCACAGUCAUGCGAGUUCUUGGGAUUCCUUGUCGCGUCGUCACAAACUUCAACUCUGCGCACGACACCAACAGCAACCUGGUGAUUGAGGAGUACUACAGUGAAACAGGCCAGAAGCUGAACACCAGCAAAGACAGCAUAUGGAACUUCCAUAUUUGGGUGGAGUGCUGGAUGGCCCGUGGGGAUCUGGGGUCUGGGUUGGACGGCUGGCAGGUUCUGGACCCAACGCCUCAAGAGCGGAGUGGAGGAGUCUUCUGCUGCGGCCCAGCUCCCGUUAAAGCCAUACGGGAUCGGCGCAUCGACCUGCUUUACGACGUCCCCUUCGUCUACGCCGAGGUCAACGCCGACGUGCACAGAAUCGUGGUGAGCCAGGGUCGGGUGCUCAGCCUCAGCAAAGACACGGAGCGAGUGGGCUCCCUCAUUUGCACCAAGGCCAUCGGCUUCCCCAGAGUGCACAACAUCACAGGAGACUACAAACAAGUCAAAAGUCCAACGUCAACACUUAGAUCAGUUCGUUCCACAGCAUCAGAUAAUUCAACAUUGACAAGAGCAGGGCCGUCUGAGGGAGUGCUGGUCUCCCUCCACCUGGAUAAAGCUCCCGUCGCCGGGGAACCCAUCGCCUUCACAGUUAAGAUCAUGAACAAGCAGAGGGUGGCCAAGAAGCUGAAGGUGCACCUCAACGCCCAGGUCAAGGAGUACAACCCCAGACCGGCAGAGGAGCUGAAGACCUUCUGGGAAUCUCACGGAGUUUUACAACUGGCGCCCAUGGAAGUCAAGCUGCUGAGCCAGCAGAUCCUCCCAUCCCAGUACAGGGAUCUGGUAGGAGACAAGAUGAUCAACCUCGCCGCCGUCCUGCAGGACACGGCCAGUCGCGAGCAUGCCUUGGCCUCGGAGGAGUUUAAUAUCGCCAGUCCUCAGAUCCUGAUUCAGAUUGCAGAUGAAAAAUCCAUUGUGCCAAACAAGGAGCAGGCGGCUACCGUGUCCUUCACCAACCCGUUCCCUCACCCAGUGGGCGGAACGCUGACUGUAGCCGGGGCUGGGCUCAUUCAGGGCAAGCUUCACUUCAGGCUCCUCCCACUGCUUCCCGGACGAAGGGUGGAGCAGCGCAUCGCUUUUAACCCCAGCAUGGUGGGAACUAAGAUGCUGCAAGCCAGCCUGACGCUGACAGACAUCAGCACCACCAUCAGAGGCUUCAAGAUGGUGGCUGUAAACAACUCCUAGAAGCUUACUUCAUGCACCCUGCCCAGUGUUUGUAUAUAUUGUUGUGAAUUUAUUUAUUCUGAUAUUUAUUUUAAACUAUGACAAACAACCUUGCGAUGUGAAACACACAUUUUUUUACUAAGAACUCGCUACAACAGA